AUGCGAAAUUUGGCCUGGAGUCCCUGCAGCGGGGUCUCUGCUGGCGGUGCAGCUGCUGGUGGGGUCUCUGCUGGCGGUGUAGCUACAGGCGGGGUCUCUGCUGGCGGGGUCUCUGCUGACGGGGUCUCUGCUGGCGGGGUCUCUGCUGGCGGGGUCUCUGCUGGCGGGGUCUCUGCUGACGGGGUCUCUGCUGGCGGAAACUCUUCUGGCGGGGUCUCUGCUGGCGGGGUCUCUGCUAGCGGGGUCUCUGCUGGCGGAUUCGCUGCUGGUGGGGUCUCUCUAGCGGGCGCGUCGGUGGGCGAGUUGGCGGGCGCAUUGGUGGGUGAGCUGGCAGGUGCGUCGGUUGGCGAGCUGGCUGGUGCGUCGGUUGGCGAGGUUGCUGGCGUGCUCGUCGGCGGAUCCGACGGCGAGGUCGCAGGCACGUGGGUGAACGCGCUGGCGAUUAAGCUGGUGAGCUGCUGGCGAUUUCGCUGGCGAUUUGUUGGCGGGUCCUCUGGCGUUCGCCAUAGCGUCCGCCGCGACCGUCGUGAUGAGCGCCGCGACGAGACAGGCGACGGGACGGCCGCAUAG